AGAGAGAGAGAGAGACAGAGCCCCAGUCCGUGUUUUGGUGGUGGUCUUUGACGUCUCUGACUCACUUUUCUCCCACUGCCCAAAAGCCCUUUCACGUGUUCCCAAUACCAAACAAUUCCCCACCCAGCCGCGUUUGACGCUCUCCUUCUCUCUCUCUCCUUUGUCUCUCUCUAAACUCUCUCUCUCCUCUCUCCUGUGUGUGUUAUUCGUGUUGCCGAAAGCUCACCUCACACAACUCCACCUGUCCCAACCCCAUUUUGCCAAAUUGUCAAACACCUUGCAUAUAUCUCAUCACCUCCCUCAUCUCCAUGUGCCGACAAUCAAAACCCCAAUUCCGAAAUCUGGGGUUUUUGUAAUGGAAGACCAUAAUUCGGCUUCACCCCACUGCACCACCCACAUGGAAGCUCAGAACCCAAUUUCCGAUGAAGCUUUACACGAAUCAAUUCACGAAAUGGAUGAUUCGCAGAUCGUCGGAGCUCCGGUGAUUGUCGCCGGUGAUGGGGAUGGUCCUUCAGCUGCGAAGGCAGAGGGGGACGCUAGAGGAAGGGGCGGGAAGAAGAGGAGGCGGACUUUGUUGCCGAGGGUUCAGGCGAGACGACCGCCGCCGCCGAGGAAGAAGAAGGAAGAAGAGGACGUCUGCUUUAUAUGUUUCGAUGGUGGAAGUCUCGUGCUUUGCGAUCGCCGGGGCUGUCCUAAGGCAUACCAUACUACUUGUAUUAAGCGCGACGAGGCAUUCUUUAGAUCAAAGGCUCGAUGGAAUUGCGGUUGGCAUAUAUGUAGUAGCUGUCAGAAGGCUGCCCAUUAUAUGUGCUACACUUGCACAUAUUCAUUGUGUAAGGGAUGCACCAAAGAUGCCGAUUACGUGUGUAUAAGAGGGAACAAAGGCUUUUGCACAACAUGCAUGAGAACUAUUUUGCUGAUUGAAAAUAAUGAGCAAGGAAAUAAGGAAACGGCUCAAGUAGAUUUUGAUGACAAGAGCAGCUGGGAGUACCUCUUCAAGGUAUACUGGAUAUACUUGAAAGAAAAGCUAUCUUUAACUUCAAAUGAGCUCAUUCGAGCAAAGAAUCCCUGGAAAGGAGCUGGUACUAUGGCCUUCAAGCGGCAAUCAUCAAAUUUACAUUGUGGUGGCAAAGGUUCUGCUUUAGACAACUCAUCUGUACGCAAGGAGACAAAUGGUUCUAAAAGAAGAAAGAUCAAGGAACAUCCAGAGUUCCUCAAAAAGGACACUUUGAGCAUGGGUAAAUUAGAUAGUGACAAAGGCAUAAUUAUGAUUGGUUGCACAGAAUGGGCUUCUAAAGAGCUUUUGGAGUUUGUUGCACACAUGAAGAAUGGUGAUACAUCAGUUCUAACUCAAUUUGCUGUCCAGGCUCUUUUGCUAGAAUAUAUAAAGAAAAACAAUCUUCGUGAUCCUUGUUGCGAAAGUCAAAUCAUAUGUGAUUCGAGGCUUAGUAAUCUGUUUAAGAAAUCAUGUGUGGAUUAUUUUGAAAUGCUAAAGCUUCUUGAGUUGCACUUUCAUAUAAAAGAGGAUUUCCCGAACGAAGCUAGUAAGCCUAUUAUUCAAGAAAGCAUUGAUGAUGCUGUUGCAAGACAAGUGGAUGCUGACAGUAACAACGGCAACAUACUGAUGAUGGGAAAAGAUAUGAAAUGUAGACCCCGUAAAGAGGGCGAAGAGAAAGGACCACAAAUUAGUGUAGAUAAAUAUGCCACAAUCGAUGUUCACACAGUCAAUUUGAUUUACGUGCGCCGUAAUUUGAUGGAGACUCUAAUUGAAGAUAAUGAAAAGUUCCACGAUAAGGUUGUUGACUCGAUUGUGCGAGUAAGAAUUUCCAAUAGUGACCAGAAGCAAGAUAUGCAUAGGCUUGUCCAAGUUGUAGGUACAAGUAAAGUGGCUGUACCAUAUAAACUUGGUGAAAGGACGGCUGAUGUCAUGCUUGAAAUAUUGAAUCUAGAUAAGAAAGAGACUGUAUCAAUUGAUGCAAUUUCAAAUGAAGAGUUCUCUGAGGACGAAUGCAGAUAUUUACAGCAUAACAUAAAAUGUGGGCUUGUUAAAUGGUUUACUGUGGGUGACAUACAGGAGAAAGCAAUGGCACUUCUUCAGGCAGUGAGACAUAAUGAUUGGCUGGAAAAAGAGAUAUUGCGGAGCAAUCAUCUUCGUGUUAAAGAGAGUGAAAAGGGGCACAAAAAAGAGAUUAGAGAGUGUAUAGAGAAAUUACAGCUUCCACCUGAGGAACCUCAGCGCAGACUGCAUGAAAUUCCGCAAGUACAUGCUGAUCCAAAUUAUGAAUUUGAAGAAGAUGCUGGAGAACUUAAUGCUAAGAAAAAAGAUGAAUGUGUGAUAUCAUAUUCUGGAUUUGGUAGAAAGGGAAGGGGUUCGGUGUCUCCACGAAAAGGGGGUGAUAUUUCAAAUGAUAUUGGUGGCAAGGCAUGGAAAGUUUCAAUGACCUGUGGGCAAAGCAGGAACACGUGUAAUUCAAUUUACCCUGAUAAGGAAAGUCAUCCCUUGGAUGCGAGAAAAGAUUCGUGCGGGUCGAAUAGUUUAGAGAAACCAGGAGACCAGGUUGAUUCUGCUGGUUCAGCGUUUGGUGAUCGGUAUAGUCAAGCUGUGUUGAGGUCCGGUUCAUUUUCUGGGGUUGCAUCAGGAAUUUCAACUGCACCUCUCUCUACUGGAAUGGCACCAUCUCUUAACAAAAGUGAGAAAGACAAAUUGUGGCACUAUCGAGACCCAAAUGGAAAAAUUCAAGAACCAGUUUCUAUGGUGCAGCUGCGUGAGUGGAGAAUGAGUGAAAACUUCCCACCCGGUAUGAGAAUAUCGGGUGUAAAUGAUAAGCAAGAUGUGUCAUUAUAUAGUUGUGAUGGCAGGUGGGGUGGGAGUAUGAAUACAGUUAUUAUAGACAGUAAACAAAGUGAGGGAAGCUGUAACAGCAAUAAUGCAAAAUCACAUUCUAGUGAUAUCAAUGAAACUAUGAGCAUUACUUGUUGCUCACAUUUACAGGCUGGAAAUUCUUCUCAAUGCUGUGACUCAUCCGAGUGUAAUAAUCCAUCUUCUGACCUGCCCCAAGUACAUAGUCAGCUUUUCCCAUCCACAUUGUCUGGGCGUCUACAUGGAAAUCUGACACAUCAAGGAAGAGAUCUAGAGGGCAAAAGAUGGAACUCUGGUCCGAAUAAUUGGAAUUCACACGGGACUGCAGUGUUUAAAACUAUGGGUGUACAUAGUCAUGAGAACAAAUGUAAUAGUUGGGGCCAUCCAGGCCAAUCUUCUGGACAGAACUGGAAACCUUUGCCUGUAAAUUUUUCUUCCACCCACCAGAAUUCUAGCUCCAAUCUUGCUUAUGUGACCAAAUCAACAGAUUCAUCAGAGCAGCACCGUGAAAUUGGUUUCGUGAAACUGCCUUGUUGCACACAGAAGCCAAGCAAUGGGAAUUGGGAAAGCCAGGCUGCUGAUAACAAGCAGUCUGUGUCGUCAAAUGCUCCUGAUCAAGAGUCACGUAUUCAGGAUCUGCCAAAUGCUACAGAAAAAUCUAGCAUUGGGAACGAGAAAGGUCGGGUUACUAUAAACAAGCAAUCCGUGUCUUCAAAUUUUCUUGAUCAAGAUUCAGGCCCUAGUUGGAGCAGUGCUUCUAGUCUUGUGGCUGGCAGUGGAACACAACUUCCUGAAACAGCUGAUGAAUGGGAUGGAUAUUCUGCUACUCCGGCAAAAUCUUCUGUAGAGGAAUUAGACUCCAGUGUCGUCUCUGUCACUUCAUUGAAACCACCUGAAGUGUUUGGUGAUCAUGCUGCUACCCCUACAUCAAAGAUUGAGCAACUUGCUUAUUCUCCCCCAUCUAGUUGGCAGGCAAUUGAUGCCGAGCCCAUUGAAAUUAGCACUUUGGCCGAGGAAUCAGUCUCAGAUCUGUUGGCUGAAGUAGAUGCAAUGGAGUCCCAAUACGGCUUGACUUCCCCUACUUCGAAGCUUAACUGUGGUGGAGAAUUGAUGCAGAAUUCUAAAGACGAUUGUUUUAAUUCCAUUGAGGUGUCAAGCCCUACACACAAUCCAGGAAAAAGUAAUGCUUUUAGCUCCACUAGUGGUAUACAAUUACCUUCUCAAUCGACUAUGACAGAUGAAAAACUUGGGUCAUCUCGGGAUGAUAUUCUUGAUCCUGUAAAGAGGUCUGGUGGGCACUCCUCUACAAGUGCACAAGGGGAGGGAGAGACAUGGUUUGGUGAUGUCCCUGUUAUGCAUUGCAAUGCUGGUUCUAAUAUCCAGCCUCUGGCACCGUCUACCAUGAAGCAUAACAUUCUCGAUUCAGAUACUACUCAGACUGCAGGGUUAGAAGCUACGGACACUGGUUGGGGAACAAUGAAGAUAAAUGUGGAUUUGGGCUGGCGAGGAUCAGAUCAAGGAAUUACGAAAAUGGAUUGGGCAACUGGUCUGGAGACUCCACGGGGAAAUGCAAUCAUGGAUUGGAUUGCUUCACCUGGGAGUGUAGGGUGGGAGAACCAGCGAAAAUCUAGUGAUAUGAGAUUUACUGGUCCAGGAGAUGGUGCUCUUUAGUAUUUUAGUAGGAGUGGUCUUCAUGAAGCUGGAAAUCAUCAUUCGGUGGUAGUUGUGGUAGAGGAGGUGGCGGUUAUACUAGGUCUUCACCCAAAAGGGCAACGGACUUUGUAGAUUUUAUGGGAGUGGACAUUGCAAGAAGGGAUCAUCAUGUGACCGACUAUCUGCAUUGGCGAUGGUGAGGUUCCCUGGCAAUUUUAUACAUUUUAACAUUCUGUACAAUAAUAUUUUUUAGAAGCAUCUUGCUCUGCAUCUGUUAAUGCUUCAAUUUAACUAAAAGUUCUCUGGGUAACAAUGGCGUUAAUCCAUUUUUUUCUUCGAGUAGCUUGGCUGUUCAGCUGUACAUUUAUUUGUAGCAUGUAGUGAUACUAAUAAAGUAAUAAAUAAUACAAGGAGGCUGCCCUCAAUACUUUAAAACAUGAA